UAUAGGGGAGUGCGGAACACUUUACUUUCGAUUUCGUUUCCCAGUGUAUAACAGCAAUGCUGUUUAAAGCGAACUUGUCCAGUCCUAGGGCACAAGGACCGCGGAGUUGAACUAGACACAGCAGAAUACGCAAUCGGACCCAAGGAAGCGAUUUACAGAAUGGAAGACCUUGGGCUGCGCAGCUACCAGAAGGAAGUGGUGGAGAGAGCGGUAAAGGGGGAGAACGUCAUCAUCUGGUUGCCCACCGGAGGGGGCAAGACUCGGGCCGCCGUCUACGUGGCCAAGAGACACCUGGAGACCAACUCCAAGGCCAAGGUGGUGGUCCUGGUUAACAAGAUACAUCUGGUGGCACAACAUUACACCAACGAGUUUGACCCUUACCUGGGCAAACAGUACAAGCUGGUCCAGGUCAGUGGAGACUGCGAGGAGAAGGACUUCUUCAGCGAUGUGCUGAAGAAAUCGGACCUCGUCAUCUGCACAGCACAGAUAUUGGAGAACGCCUUGGCCACCCCCGAAGAAGACAGACAUGUUGAGCUCUCGGACAUCACUCUGCUGAUCAUCGACGAGUGUCACCACACCCACAAAGAGGGAGUUUACAACCAGAUCAUGAGACGCUAUAUCGGCAGGAAACACAACGGAGAGAAGAAGCUGCCUCAGAUCCUGGGACUGACGGCGUCACCGGGCGGUGCCAAUACUGUACCGCAGGCUGUGGAUCAUGUCCUUGAGAUUUGUGCCAACCUGGACUCGGCCAUCGUGUCGGCUGAAGUUCAUGCCCCAGAGCUGGCAGCGAAGGUGCCGAGGCCUCGCACCACUUUCGACAUCGUGGAGAAAAGACCUGAGGAUCCGUUUGCAGAUCAUUUAACCUCUAUGAUGCUGAAGAUCCAUGAGUACUUGUUCACAGCCGACCCUAGCCUGCAACUCCGGGAGAUCGGCACACAGGACUACGAGGCAGACGUGGUUCUUCUAGAAGAGAGCGGUGUGAUACAAGGAAAACGACUGCUGGCACAAUGUGCGAAACACCUCAGGCAGUACAACAACGCCCUGUUCAUCAACGACACCCUGCGCAUGGAGGACGCCUACAAGUCGCUGGGUGAUUUCUACGUGACCAAGGCAAACACGGCCAUCGACAAGACCGACCGCUUCCUCAUAGAGCUGUUCAGAAAAAACCAAGAGAAGCUGAGUAGUCUGUCAAUUGAUGUUCGCUAUGCGAACCCCAAGAUGGCACAGCUCCAGACCACUCUCCUGAAUCAGUUUGGCGAGAGUACGAGUUCCAGGGGCAUCAUAUUCUCCAAGACCCGGCUCAGUACCAACUGCCUUCUAGACUGGGUUUCCAGUAACCCAGCCCUGCAGAAGGCCAACAUCACAGCGGCAAUUCUGACCGGCGCAGGCAGUGGCAACAACUGCAUGUCCCAGAAUCAGCAAAAAGACACAAUCCGAAAUUUCCGCAAUGGUACCCUCAACCUCCUGAUCUCCACCAGUGUGGCGGAAGAAGGACUCGACAUCCAAGAAUGCAACCUGGUGGUGCGGUACGGGCUGCUCACCAACGAGAUUGCCCAGCAGCAGGCUAUGGGGCGCGCCCGGGCUAAUGACAGCGUGUACGCUGUGGUCGCCCAGCGGGGGAGCAAAGAGGUCGUCAGGGAGUUCGUAAACGACAACAGGGUGAAGUCGAUGGCAGAAGCCAUCGCAGAAAUCCAAAAGAUGACUCACAUGGAGUUCCGCAAGAAAAUCACUGAGAUUCAAAAAGUAUCAAUUAUAUGUUUGAUUCGUGCGGCAAAAAAUCUACAAGAAAGAAAGAGUGUUAACAGCGCCACCGUCGUUAAGAUCAUUUGUCGAAACUGCUUCACUCCGGUGGCCAUGGGCAGCGACAUCCAACUCCUUGACAAUAGCCACUACGUCAACGUCAACCCUAAUUUCGAGAUCUACUACAAUACCGGUGGGGAAUUCCAUCUUCCAAAGACUUUUGAGAACUGGGAACCUGGCUGUAUCAUCAAUUGCGCAAAGUGCAACCUGCAAUGGGGAUAUCAGAUGAAGUACAAGAAGUCAGUGUUGCUUGCCAAUGUAAAUAUCAAGUCCUUUGCCCUGGACACCCCGGAUGGAAGGACAACGGUCAAGCAGUGGAAGAAGGUUCCGUUCGUUGUUGAGGACUUUAACUUCCUAGAAUACUGCAAUGGGCUUCCCGAAGACCCUAUUAAUUGACACUGCUCUUCCUGCAUGUGGAUAAUAAUAAUAAUAAUACAUUUAAUUUAGAGGCGCCUUUCAAGACACCCAAGGUCACCUUACAGAGCAUAUA